GAGCAGCACUGUUGGAACUGGGUCCCACUGUGAGAAAGCAUGCAAUCCUCGAAUGGGAAACCUAGGGUAUGGACGUAAAUUGUGGACAGAUACAAACUGCGGGGGCAACUCCACAGAGUUUUACUGUUCCUACAGCGAGAAUGUAGACCUCAUAUGCACAUGGCCUAAGUGUAGCAAAUGCAACUCUAUGCAUUCCCAUCAAGCUCACCCACCCUCUGCUAUGGUUGACUCUUCCUUCAAGUUGCCAUAUACAUGGUGGCAAUCAGCACAAGGGGUGCACAAGGAGAAGAUCCAACUAAACUUGGAAACUGAGUUUUAUUUCACUCACUUAAUCAUGUUGUUCAAGUCACCAAGACCAGCAGCUAUGGUCUUGGAAAGAUCUCAGGAUUUUGGGAAAUCAUGGAAGCCUUACAAAUAUUUUUCCACUAACUGCUCAGCAACCUUUGGGCUGGAUGAUGACAUAACCAAGAAAGGGGCAAUUUGCACUUCAAGAUACUCUGGUCAUUUCCCCUGCACUGGAGGAGAGAUUAUAUACCGAGCUCUAUCACCACCUAAUUCUGCUGAUGACCCUUACAGCCCUGAAGCUCAGGCACAGUUGAAGAUCACUAACCUUCGAGUGCAGCUGCUUAAAAGACAAUCCUGCCCUUGCCACAGCAAUGACCUGAAUGCAAAACCUCCGCAGCUAACCUACUAUGCAAUCUAUGAUUUUAUCGUAAAGGGGAGCUGCUUUUGUAAUGGUCAUGCAGAUCACUGUGGGCCUAUCAAAGGAUUUAGACCUGUUAAAGCGGCAGGAGUCUUCCAUGUGGUCCAUGGAAGGUGCAUGUGCAAGCACAACACUGCAGGAACUCAUUGUGAACAUUGUGCUCCUCUCUACAAUGACCAGCCAUGGAAAGCUGCAAAUGGCCAAACAGGAGCCCCAAAUGAAUGCAGAUCCUGUAAGUGCAAUGGGCAUUCUGACACUUGUCACUUUGACGUGGAAACGUGGCUGGCAUCAGGGAACCAAAGCGGCGGAGUCUGUGAUAAUUGUCAACACAAUACUGAAGGACAGCACUGCCAGCGUUGCAAACCAGGCUACUACCGAGACCUCAGAAGGCCUUUUUCUGCCCCAGAUGCCUGUAAAUUGUGCUCCUGCCACCCUGUUGGAUCAGCUGUGCUUCCCUUUAGCAAUAACACCUUCUGUGAUCCCAGCAACGGUGAUUGUCCCUGCAAACCUGGAGUGGCUGGUCCUCAGUGUGAUAGGUGCAUGGUAGGAUACUGGGGCUUUGGAAGUUAUGGCUGCCGACCAUGUGAUUGUGCAGGAAGCUGCGACUCAGCGAGUGGUAACUGCAUCAAUAGUGCAGACAUAGACUGGUACCAUGAAAUCCCUGGUUUUUAUCCUGCUUAUAACAACAGUGAACCAGCAUGGGGGUGGGAGGAUGAACAAGGAUACUCUGCGCUUCGACAUUCAGGAAAAUGUGAAUGCAAAGACCAAGUUUUACGAAAUGCCAAGAUCUUCUGUGGCAUGAAAUACACAUAUGUGUUGAAGGCAAAGAUUUUGUCUGCUCAUGAUAAAGGCUCCCAUGCUGAAGUCAAUGUGAAGAUCCAGAAAGUAUUGAAAUCUACAAAGCUUAAGAUUUUCCGAGGGAAGCGGAUUCUUUACCCGGAAUCAUGGACUAAUAGAGGCUGCACUUGCCCAAUACUUAAUCCUGGUUUGAAAUACCUUGUGGCUGGAUAUGAAGAUGUUCAAGCUGGUAGAUUGACAGUCAAUAUGAAAAGUUUUGUCCAGCAGUGGAAACCAACUCUGGGGAAAAAAGUCUUGGAGAUUUUAAAAGCCUGUAGCUGAAAGUGCUAAGCAUGGCGUUUGUUAAUGCACAAAAUGCAAAUUUCAUGGAAAGAAGACUUCUGAAAUGAAAACUGGAAUGUAAGAGAAUAGUGCCAAAUGUAUGUAGAGUGGUAUCCUGAUUUAUCACUUUUCACCCUGUUUCCUGACAGUUUUGUCCUAAUUGUAAGGCCUAUGCAGAAACAGUGUUUGUGAGUGAAACUCUCACUCAGGAAGUAGAGCUCCCUCCAGUAGCCUCACUUGAGCGUGCAAUGGAAUCCUGCGCGUGCUCCCGAUCCAGCAACCAGUGAAUGCAGCAACAGGCUGUGUAUCUAGAGCUGUGCUUCUGGAGUUCCACAUUCCACUUUCGUACCAAUCAUCUAUUUGGUGGGGGAAAGGGUAUCUGUAAGCAGAACUGCAUUCAUAGGUUUUCUCUGCCUUGGGCCAACCUGUUCUGCUUGAAAGGAAGUCCCAUUGAUUCAACAGAUCACAGCCUUUAUAUAGUCUUCAUAAUCAAUACAGAUUCAGUGGCCAGCUUUAUAAGUGCUUUGUUGACUCAUACUGAAGUAAGUAGCACUUGCACAACUGAGUUAUUUGGAAGUUGGAACCUCACUUUCAUCUUCCUUGGAAAGUUGUAUGUACACUGGUGAUGAACAAAAUGACAACCAGCAUGUUUCAGUGUAAAUCUUAGUUGCAAUCAAUGAAGUCAAUCAAAUUCUUUUGUUUUACACUAGUGUAUUAAAACUAAGAGGAUGCUUUUGAUUAGAUAUCUACUGCAAGUUUCUAGGCAUAUACAUGCAUGACAACUAUGCAUGCAUCAGUUGCAAGGCUCCACUGGAAA